AUGUUUCACAAACAAACCUUAAUAAAUGUGAUAUUAAUCCUAUUAUUGCUCCACUUCGUGAGCGGCAACGUCGUGGGGAUAAGGCACAGGAGGUCCAGACUGGUGAGGGCGAGAAGGCACGGCAACCACUUCGCCAACAUAAAAAAAUUCUCCUCCGACUUCGAGAACGUCGGGAACAUCGACUGGCGGACGACCCAGGGACCGUUGCCCGACGACAACUUAACGAUCACCACGGUCGACGAGAAGAUCAUCGUCAAGUUACCGCCCAAACCCAACAGGCCGCAAUCGAACAACAGCUGGCAGCACAUAGACAAGACGGUGCUCUACAUGGGGGACAGGAUCCUGGACGACACAGACAGCAGGGCGAAGGACAGGACGGCGUCGGAAACGAUGCAGAAAGCGGGAGACACCGGUGACACGACCGGCUCGAACGACAUGGAACAGGGCAGGUCCCCGGAGAAAUCGGAGACCGUCCGCAGCGGUCACGUCGACAUCGUCACCCGCUUCCUGCGCAUCGUGGAAUCCCAACACCUGCUGGGGGAGAACUGCACGGCCGGCACGGACCUGAACCUCGGCGAGGGCGUCGUCGACCGCUACGCUCAGGAGAGGUUCCGCGUGGAGGCCGACGUCGCCGUCAACAGGGCCAACAUGCUUACGAGGCUGUGGAAGUACGCGGAUCGGAACGUGGUCGCCUCCGACUACCUCCUGUCCGCUCUGGUGUUCUCCAUGGUUGAAUUCAACGACGUCAUCUUCGCCGCCGGGAACUGUUACGACAAACACCAGUACAAGGACCACCUGCUCUUUUGUCCUUACGCCUAUCGCUUGCCGGAGGGCGGGAUUCUCGUGAAGGACCUGGCCGUCGAGUACAACUAUCUCGGCAACACCUCGGAAUGGUUCUUCAUCGCCAGGAAGAACGCCGAGAAUGUCAUCGAGAACCGCAAUCAGUUCAGCACCGGAUACAAAUCCUACAAAUACAAUAACACCGCGCACGACAAAAGAGUUCCAGAAAAAAUAUUGUCGGUACGCUACGAGGAUGGAAAAUGGUCCAAGCCCUACUACGACUGCGGCGGAGGGAAUAUUUGGAUGCUCACAUACACGGUCCCGUUCUUUGGAUUCGUCAACAACACUUAUUUCUUUAAGGGCACGAGUGGAAUCGACAUCGACUUGCGCCGCGUCGACAUAGACCAAUGCCCUUUGCCGAAAGGUGGGACCCAACUGAAUAUUUUUGCUGCGUCUGACAAAUGCAAGAAAACUACAACGGUAAGUAAGUGCGUUCCAAUUCCGGGACUAGGUUUCAGGAGAGGCAGCUACAAGUGCGUGUGCCGACCUGGUUUUUACUUCCCGGACAUAAAAGCGGAACGCCGUUACUACAAUGGAACUGUCAUCGAGGAAGAAUACGAGAAGCGUAUGCUGGGGGAGAAUAGCCAGUACGAGAUGGAGGGCAUGUUCGAGUGUCUGCCCUGUCCAGAGGGCUGUGAAUCGUGCGAAGACGAGCGUCCCUGUGUGGUUUCUUUAAACUGGGUUAUGCGGACUGUCAUUCUAAUCCUCUCGUGCGUUAUAAUAUGCUGCUUACCCAUUGUGGUAUUCUUCACGUGGAAAUAUGGAAAUGUAAAGGUUGUACGUGCUGCAAGCCCUGUUCUGCUGCGAGUUAUAGCCCUUGGAGCCUUUUUCAUAUACAGCACGAUGAUCGUCAUGUACCCCAAACCCACAAUUUACACCUGUACUGCAAGAGUUUGGUUGAGGGAAAUCGGUUUUUCCCUUACUUAUGGAGCUUUAAUGCUGAAAACUUGGAGAAUUUCUGUUAUCUUCCGAGUUCGUUCAGCUAAGGCCGUUAAGAUCACCGAUACGAAUCUGCUGAAGAGGCUGGGAGUAAUACUGACAAUUUUUACCGCGUUCCUGAUAAUUCGCACCCUCGUAGCGCCCCCCGUCGUCAUUGUUGGAAGGACCGCCGACGACCUCAAAGCCUAUCUCUGCAGGACCGACUGGUGGGAUCACUUGUUCACCACACUCGAAGUCCUCUUUUUGGUAUGGGGAAUCAGGCUCUGCAUCGUUGUUAGGAAAGCGCCAUCAGAGUUCAAUGAAAGCCGAUUUAUCUCCAUGGCGAUCUACAAUGAAUUCUUGUUAUCAGUUUUUUUAAAUAUCUCCAUGCUGUUCCUGCAGAAACCAGCGAAUCCCGACUUGAUGUACAUCAUAUUUUUCUGUCACACCCAGCUCACCGUCACCCUGCUCCUCUGCUUAAUAUUUGGAAGUAAGGUGUUCAUGGUUUUCAAGAAUAAGGGUCGCAGCGACGAGGGCUCCGGCAUGGUGUCCAAGACCCCCUCGUCCAAAUUCAUGAGCAAAACGCGUACAGAGAACAUCCACUACAGCGUCAACUCGGCUAUAGGAGGCCAGGACUUCCUCUACUCGAAGUACAACGAGCAAGACGUCCAGGAGGAAUUCCUGAGGGUCUACACUCAACUGGAGGUCCUCAGGGAGAGGAACAUGAGAAUGGGGAACCGCCACUUGGCGUCCAAAAUAAUUGCCAUGCAAGACGCGGCGAGGACACACGACAACGUGCAGGCAGAGAAUUCACAGAACCCGAUCAAGUCCAGCAGCAGUCUCGGGGUGAUGGCGGAUCCGAGCACCGACGAUGUCUCACCGGUGAAAAUCAAAAGACAGAGUGUCUCAUUCGCCGCCGAGCCAAAGGCCAACGGCGAGACGGCCGGCGGUGCUAAGGAAACCAAAGAAACCAACAUUCCGGAGGAGUGUGCUUCGGGCUCGACAUAUCCCUCCACAGAGGUAAAGAAUAAGGACGGGAAGAACGCUGGGGACAGCAACGGAAGGUACCUCAUGUCCGGACAUGCCAGAACUCAUUCUAUUGUUAUUAAUCUAGAUGAUAAGAGUCGAUUUACAGAUGAAAUAACUGUUUAA